AUGCCGGAGCAAACUCUAUCUAAGAAGUUAUUGGCUGGAGAUGGGUUGUAUCUUUCCUUGAAGUUGUGGAGUCCCUUCCAUAACUUGAAAAACAGAAAAUUCAACGUUUUUAUUGAUAAUCCCUAUGGAGAUGGGAACAUUAGGUUGUUGUAUUCGGCUGCUUGCUUGUGUGAACCAAGUAGUGUAAUAAGUACGAGAAAUAGCAGUCUUGGUGGUAGUGGAAAUUUGAGUGAUAUGCACAUUGACCCCUUGACAAGAAUUGUCACAUUUCAAACUUCUAUUACACCGAAAGAGGUGACACAAUCUGAUGAUGGUAAAUCACUUUUUAUUAAAGUGGGAAACUAUGGAAAGAAUCCAGGAAGAACACAAAUCAAGUUCGUAGCCCUGGUAUUCGAGAUCCAGUAUCAGAACCAAUACUAUCAGGCUUACAUCACUAUGAAAACUCAAAGAGGAAGUGGCGUUGGAGAAAGAGGUUGCACAACCAAAGAAUCAUGUUUCAUUUCAGAUGCUGUUCAAAAUGAGGAGGAUGAAUUCAUUCAGGCUUUUUUAAGGUUUAACUCUUUAGGCUCUUCUUUAAGUAAUUGUUCAAGUCCAACCAACAGGAGGAGAACACCAAACAGGAAGGCAAACUUUGGAAGUGUCAUUGUACAACAAAUAUUGGAAAAUUUUAUGGAAGGCAAAACAGAUUCUCUUGACAGCCUUACUCCUAACAUUAUUGCUGUUGAACAAUCUGACAAAGAUGAUGAUGAAAUUGAUUAUCCAAAUCCACUUACUGAUUUUUACAAUACCGUCACAUACACAAAAAUCCAUUUUGAAAAUGGGCCUAAAAUGGGUGGACAGCCAAACACUCUUUAUUUAUCAUUCAAAGAAAGCUCAAGAACUGGAUUGUAUGAAAUGCUAAAAAAUCAUUCAAUGCAAAGUAUCAGUAUGUGGUUUGUACCAAAGGAUCACCCAGAAGUACAAGUUGCUCUUCCACAAUUACUUCAUAUCAGUGAAAUUGGAAAUUAUGCUGGCCUCCAUUUUGUUACUUCGCCAGUUCUUACUCAUUUUGAGAGUGAUUUAGAGACUUGUAUUUUCUUGGUAAUUAAUAAUGAAAUAAUAGAUGGACUAGUUGACUAUACAUUUUUUGACACUUCCAAGGCAGCUCAAUCAAAUAAUAUUCAACCAAUAACUAGUUACAAUCCGGAAGAUAAUGGACAAAGCAUGAGAGGGGUUCAGUACACUACCCAACAAGGAGGUAAUACCCAAACAACUUCAAACUAUUCAAGCUUUGGUUACCAGUGGGACAACUCGGUUCUUAGUAAAUACUCCCCAGUUGUCACCAUAUUGAACAUUGGACAAUUUGCAAAACAACAAUACCAACAAUCUAAGGAUAAAUUUGAGAAUUUAGGUCAUUUCAUUGAAAAUUUCCAAAUGCAAUUCGGUAAAAUAAUUGACAUAUUUGGAUACAACUUUGCUGGAUUCCUCAAAUCCAAUGGAUUUGAGGUAGAAGGUGUCACAUUUGAAGAAGUGAUUUAUCCUGCUAGUUCCAGUGAACAAUUAGUAACAAUUAAACCAGCUGAGGUCCGAAAAGAAGAAAAGGUAUUUGGCGCAGAAGAGGCAACUGAUAUGAUUGUAAAAUCUAUUCAAAAUAGAAUUCCUUUAGAAGAUGAGAAGAUGAUUGAAAACUCUGUGCAAACAUUGGCACACAAAAAGAGCAGUGACCUUGAUACAAAACAAGCUGAAGAGUAUAUUGUCAUCAACACUGUUGUUCCAAAACACUUAGAAGCUAAUUACAAUCCAGGAAAACGUCACGCCAGAAAUGACAAAGUUCCAUAUCUCAAUCUCAAAUUUGUUAUAUACGAUGCUAAUGCACUUCCUUCCCAAGAUGCACAAAACAAUAUUCCAAAAUUGAAAGUGGCUCUUUUCUUUGCCAAGUUUGUUAUUUCUUUUGAUGACAAAACUCACUUGAUAGUUAUUGAAGAUCAAGAAAAGAAAGAAAAUUUCCUCUAUCAAACCUUCUAUGAUUGUAACAUUUACAAAGUUAGAAAGAAUGAAGAAAUUGAUAGCUUCCUUUAUAGAUUGGCUGAAUUCAACUGUGCAUGGAACUGUUCUCAAUUCUAUGAUGAAAAGAACAGCAAUACUGGACAUUAUGUCAUUUCAGUUUUGAAAUAUUUGAAGAUUUGGGAUCCAUCUGCACUUUGGGCUAAAUUUGCUAUCAAUGUAUGUGAAGGCAAACCACUUGAAAAACAUGUGACAAUUUAUCCAGACUUUUUCCACAUGGAUUCAAAGCAAAGUAUCCCAGCAAUGCUCACCGGUGCUAAAGCAGCAGAAUGUCCAAAAUUGAAGGAAACGAUAACAGGAUAUCUGAAACAAUCAUCAGACGCUCCAUUUAAAUAUCAUUUCAGCGGCUAUUCAGACGAUCCAGAGUUCGAAGCAAAAGCAGCCAGAACUGAAUUGGAAUUCAUGUGUGAAUUACUUCGUGAAUGUGGUGAAAGUUAUUUGAGAAAUAUGGAAGAUGGUGUUCGUGCUCAAAGAUUGUUAAAGAAAAUAAUGCAAACAAAUUACGGUCAAUCUCUCUCAAGUGACACAUGGCAACACUUGAAACAGUUAUCUGACAAGCAUAAUCAAACUUUCCACAAGCAGAUGUACAAUUUCACUAAUUUCUUCAAUCUCAUCAAGCCAACCCAGAAAUCGGAAUUUGUGGAAAAGGUAGCCAAAAAUGCUUGGACAAAUAUUCAAAGUGAACAUAUGCGAAUGGUUGAUUAAUAAAUCUAUUAAUACUCAACAAAUUAUCUC